AUGGGUAGUGACUGGAUUCACUGUAACGCGUGCGGUCGACAACCUGCUCAAGGCGUUGUCUAUUUUAUUUCCAGUUGUGGACACAUUAUUUGUCAGAAGUGCAGCUCAACUGCUAAUAAGGCUGAUGGUUGUGGUUCGGACUCCUUGUGCCCAUUUUGCAACAAGAAGUGCACGUUCGUUGAGAUCAACAGAAAUCUUCAUCCUGAUUUACAGAUAUUAUUUCGAAAUCCGAAGGAAAUCGCAACGAUGUACAUGAAAAAACUUUCGCAGGUUUUGGAAUUUCAAUCAAGUAACAGGACACGGCUUGCGAAAAUUAUGAGUGAUCGAGAAAGAAAAGCAGUAAAAUUCGCCCAUUUAGCCCAGGAUGAGAUAAAAAAGCACAUAGAGUUGAAAAAUAAGGCUGCGAAAGAACAUCUGCGCUUGAAAUGUGAGUUGGACAUGGAACGAAUGCGAUGCCGAGAGCUUGAGACUAAACUUGCUGAACACGAAAAACAAAUUGAAGAGCUACAAAAAGGCAUAAGGUCCCUUCCGCCGAUUGCUAGUUCAGAUUCUGGUAUCGAUGGAGAAAAUGAAAUGGAGACUGGCAGCGGACUAUCAUUUCUCAAUGUUGCUACGAGCACACCGAUACUCAACAGUAGUCCAAUGAAUCGCUUCACAUCGACUGGACACAGAAACCGCAACCAUAUUUCGGAUGUAUUCGCGAACACUGACAAGUCACUUCCAUCACCAAUUACUUUUCCAUGUGAUCAGAUGAUGACAACACCAGCGAUGUUGGGAAUAAAGAAGCCAAAACACGGGUACUGUACUUCAAACUGA